UUCCUAUAAAUAGAGAUUUUCGAAAAAUCGUUGAAGAGUAACAGAUUCUCUUCUGACGCGUCCGCCAUGGAAGUAGAAGCCACGUUGCGCCAGUAACACUCGAGUUUUUCUCCAUUUCUCACCAGAAGAGGCGACUCCGGAAAAAGUUACCGGGCAUUGUAUCUCCGGUUACGUUGUCGGAAAACAUGGAGGAGGCUCUUUUGCAGAAGCAGAGGGAAGGGGAUGAAGAUGCCAGAGGCAGAGGCAGAGAAGAAGGUCUAGGUUUGAGCAAAAAAUGGGGCGUCUCGGUUCAAGAAAUCAAGAGAUUAGGAUAUUUAGCAGGUCCUUUGAUUGUUGCAAAUUUUUCGCAGUAUUUCUUGCAAGUGAUUUCGAUUAUGAUGGUUGGCCAUCUCUAUCAGCUUUCUCUCUCUAGCACCGCCAUUGCCGUCUCCCUCUCUGCCGUCUCCGGCUUCAGUCUUCUGUAUGGAAUGUCUAGUGCCCUGGAAACCCUGUGCGGGCAAGCUUAUGGAGCUCAACAAUAUCAGAAUCUUGGAAUCCAUACUUACAGUGCUACUCUAUCUCUGACCUUAGUUUGUAUUCCCAUUUCUUUCAUGUGGUUAUACAUGGGAAAGUUUCUGAUACUUAUUGGCCAAGACCCUUCAAUAUCACAUGAAGCUGGUAGAUUUUCCACAUGGCUCAUUCCAGCACUUUUUGCUUAUGUGAUUCUCCAAAUUCUUGUGCGUUUCUUGCAAGCACAGAGUUUGAUCCUCCCCUUGCUUGUAAGCUCUAUUGCUUCUUUAGUUUUCUUCAUACCUUCCUGUUGGGUUUUGGUAUUCAAGUUUGGACUUGGGCACGUUGGAGCAGCUUUAGCAAUCGGUAUGUCAUAUUGGUUAAAUGUAAUUUUGUUGGGAUUAUAUGUUAUGUUUUCUUCUGCCUGUGUGAGAAUUAGAAUCCCAAAUUCCAUGGAGCUGUUCCGGGGAACCAGAGAGUUCUUCUGUUUGGCCAUUCCUUCUGCUGUUAUGAUUUGCCUUGAAUGGUGGUCAUAUGAGUUUCUUACAUUGCUUUCUGGGUUCUUACCAAAUCCUAAGCUUGAAACUUCAGUUUUAUCUGUUUGCUUGUCAAUCUUGACAACCAUUUUCACAGUAGCCGAGGGACUUGGGGCUGCAGCAAGCACUCGAGUCUCAAACGAAUUGGGGGCAGGAAAUACUGAAGCGGCUCGAAUUUGUGUGUGCACCGUGAUGUUUAUUACUGUGGUGGAAACAGUGACAGUGAGCACAAUUAUUUAUGGCAACCGUGAAGUGGUUGGCUAUGUUUUCAGCAAUGAGAAGGAGGUGGUGGACUAUGUUGCUGCAAUGGCUCCUAUACUUAGUUUAGCUGUGAUUUUGAACAGCUUGGAGGGUGUCCUUUCAGGUGUGGCUAGGGGAUGUGGAUGGCAGGAGUUGGGGGCUUAUGUCAACCUUGGAUCAUACUAUCUAUUUGGAAUUCCUACUGCUGCUGUGUUGGGAUUUUGGUUAGAAUUAAGAGGGGAAGGGCUUUGGAUAGGAAUCCAAGCUGGUGCUUUCCUCCAAUCUCUUCUGCUCUGCAUCAUCACCACUUUGACAGAUUGGGAAAAGCAGGCAGACAAUGCUAGGAAGAGAAUAUUUCAUGGAACAAGUUCGCUCGAUUGGGAUUGAGAAGGUUCCGUAAUAUACGUAUAUACAUACAUACAUGUCCCCUCUCAAGCGUGGACUUGAAUAUUAAUUUUAUUCACGACAUUCAACAUGUGGUUAUUAAUAUUAAUGGAAAAAGAAA